GUACCCUGCCUGCGCGGAGACCAGUGGGGGAUGGAUGCUCGAGGGAUGCGCACGCCCCGCCGCGCCAGGACUACGUUUCCCAGCGGCUCCUCCCGGGGCUGCACAUGCUCCUUGCUGCUCCCGGCGGCUCCCGGCAGCUCCCGGUGCAGUUCCCAGUGUGGCUCCCGGUGGACCCAGGUGCGGCUCCCGGUGCGGCUUCCGCCGCCAUCCCCGGCGCGCGGUCCCCAGUGGGUCCCAUCCCCAGCGUGGCUCCCGGUGCAGCCCCCGCUGCCCGGGGCCUCCCCCCGCGCCAUGCCCCGGGGGCGAGCCUGGACGCAGGCGGAGGUCGGCAGUCUGCUGGCGCUGGUGGGGGGCUCGGGGGAGGCCGCCCUACUGAUGGCCUCCACCUCUCGGCCCAACGAGGCUCUGUGGCAGCAGAUCUCCCGUGGGCUGGCGGCGGCCGGCUACAGCCGUAGCGUGGCCCAGUGCCGCUCCAAGUGGAAGGCGCUUAAGCAAGCUUUCCACUCGGAGCGAGAGACGCGACGCAGAGCCGGACUCCACUCUCCCCGCCUGCCUCCGCACUACCGAGCCAUGAAGAGCAUCUGGAAGGCUGCCGGGCGACCGGUCUUCCGCGAGCGGCGACUGCUGGACCUGGGGAAGCUGCCCCCCAGGAGGCGCAGAUCGGCCCCUGCCACCUGCUCUCCAUCCUCACCAGUACCACCAGAUUCCCAGGGCACACUGCUGUCUCCGCUGCUGUGGCGUGUGAAGGAUGAGCCAGAGAGCUCCUGCGGGGAGCACAUCGCUGGAGCAGUGCCUGACCCCACAGCUGUCCUAAACACCGCUCACUGCAUCCCUCUCCUUCCCAUCCUGGGCAGUCACGCUAUUCUGAAACAGGAAAGUGCUGAGCAGAAGGCAGGUUUCCCCAUUGAGACAUCGCCGGGGACGGGAGGAGGAAACAUUGCGCUGCCAGUGCCCACUGCAGCCCCUGGCUCUCCCAGACCCAGUGAGCAGACAGCAGCGGGUGAGGAUGUGCCGGACGCCAGCCUGCAAGGCUGUGGCGUGGCGGGCCUGCUGCAGAGCGUGCAGCAGCUGCUGGUGCAGAUUCUGCAGACGUCGCGACAGCAGCAGGCGCUGCUGGAGAGCCUUGCCAGCGACACCGUCUCCCACCUCCACCUCCUCUCACACAGCCUGGUGCAGGUGGGCGAGACCCUGCACCAGCUGCUGCUCCGACCACAAGCCCCCCCCAGCCAUGGUGCCCCACACAUUCCCCUUUUUGGGGGUGGCCCCCCGGUGCCACUGCUCUCUGGGCUGCCUAGUGCUUCCCCGGAUCCCAAAGAGGAGUGCCGGGCAUCUCCUGGCUCUGGCUGUGCCCUGCCAUGAGCGUGCUCGUGGCACAAAUCUUUAUAACAGGAGCUCUGGGGAUUUUAGAUGUUUAUAGAAGACACAGAUUUUAGUAACAUUAAAAAUAGCUUUUGUAUCAGCA